AUGUUAAUUGUACCUUCUACUUAUGAAGAAAUAUUUAUUCGAACAAGUCAAAUAGAAAUAUUAAAAAUUCUACUUCACAAAUACAAUCAAUAUGAUAAAACAACAUGUGAACAAUAUGAUUCAUUUUUAACAAUUCUAUACAAUUUAUUUCAUACAGAACAAUUGGAUAUUAUUCAACUGAUUUAUAAAGAAAGUCGAAAUAUUCAAUAUUUAUUUUAUAGAUUAGAAACAUGUGAAGAAAUUGUCAAUAUAAUGAUUAAAAAUCGAGAAAAAAAACAUUUAUUUCAAAUCUUAUUGAAUGAUGAACAAUUAAGAAUAUGGUUUAUAAAUAAAGAUUUAUUAUUUAUUUUAUUAAAAAAGAAACAAGUGAAAAUUAUUAAAUAUUUAUUAAAAUUAUCACCAUCACUUAUUCAUCAAUUAGAUCAAGAUAGAAAUGAUCCAAUACUUUAUCUAUGUCUUCAUGUAUCUGGUUGUCGACAUCGUUUAAUUGAAUUUCUAAUCAAAGUGGAAUCUGAUUUAUCUCGUAUCAAUUCAAAAAAUAUCAAUUUUUUUAAUGCAUUACAAAUGACAAGAAACAAAAAAUUAUUAAACAAAUUAAUCGAACAUGAAAUCAUUCAAAUUAAUUAUAUUUCUACAGAAGUUAAACAAGUCAAUCAUAAUGUCAUUGAUAGUUUUAAUUAA